AUGGACCUGAACUCUACCAACCCCACCUAUGACUUUACAGAUGUCAUUAUUUUUUCGACAGUCAGUCCAGAGUACAACACGACAGGAAAUGCCAGCAUCGAAAACGACCUGGGUCGACAAGUCACUCUAGGAAUCUUCUUCGGGUUAAGCAUUUUGACAGCAAUUGGGGGAAACCUGCUAGUCUGCACAGCCGUCUUCACUGACAGGCGACUCAAGAGGUUUAAAAACAACUACUUUAUCGUGUCCUUAGCGGUUGCAGAUCUUCUUGUCUCUGGUGUAGUUAUGACUUUUGCUAUGGUCAACGAUAUCCAACAAAAGUGGAUUUUUGGUGGAGUUUUCUGUCGCAUUUGGAUUUCAUUCGACGUCAUGUGUUCGACGGCGUCAAUCCUUAACCUGUGCGUAAUCAGUUUUGAUCGCUACAAGCAUAUACAAAAUGCUAUGUACUACGAUAUGUGGAUGACUACAAGGAAAGCAUUGACGUUUAUCGCUGCUGUAUGGUUUUUAUCAGCCCUCAUAUCCUUCCUACCAAUUCAGCUGGGCUGGCACCAAGGCUCUGUUUACGAUAACAGUAGCAUCGGAAACGACGACGAAUGCAUAAUUAAACUAAAUUUUAUCUACGCAAUCGUUUCAUCAACUAUUAGUUUUUAUGCACCGUGUUUAGUCAUGAUGAUCCUUUAUUUUCGUCUUUUUCUGUUCGCAAGAAGCCAUGCAAUCAGUAUAAAAAGCCAGAAACUGCCAGCGAUUUCAUCACCCGUAGACCGCAAAAGCAACAUCAGCAAUGGCUCAAACCGGAACUCACAAAAGACCUCUGACCACAAAGCAGCCUUCACUCUUGGCGUUAUUACAGGAGUGUUUCUUGGCUGUUGGCUUCCAUUCUUUAUCAUUAACCCUAUUAAUGCCUACGACCCAACACUUGUGCAUCCCAAUGUGUUCGUAGUCUCUACAUGGCUUGGGUAUGUCAAUUCCUGUCUUAAUCCUAUCAUUUACAGCAUUUUUAACACAGAAUUCAGAGAAGCAUUUAAACGGAUUCUAUGUCUUCGAACAUGUAACUGGAACCAGAACUAUCUUCCUUCUGUUGUGAGGACAAAUAGCAAGCGGACUAAGUUCAAAAAGGCGGAUUACGACCCACAGCCUUCUUCGGAUAAUGGAUCAAUGUUACGCAAGACGAGCAGAGACCAUCUGUUUAAUGAAAAGAUCACCCCGUUGUGA